CAGCGGAGAGCGCAGGCGCAGUGUCCGCGCCGGUGGCGCCCCUCUUGCUGCUCCCAGCUCUUGGCAGCCCCAGCAGAGCGCUCGGCGGCCGCAACUGGCUGGGAGGCUGCGUUAGGUGCCCCGCACCCAGCAGACCCUCUAGAGCCCGGGUCGCACCUUCCUCGCGGCGACACUCAGAGUUGAUUAUCUGAAGAAAUGGAUACUUCUCCAUCCAAAAAAUAUCCAGUUAAAAAACGGGUGAAAAUACAUCCUAACACUGUGAUGGUAAAAUAUACUUCUCAUUACCCCCAGCCUGGGGAUGAUGGAUAUGAAGAAAUUAAUGAAGACUAUGGGAAUUUCAUGGAAGAAAAUCCAAAGAAAGGUCUGCUGAGUGAAAUGAAAAGAAAAGGAAGAACUUUCUUUGGAACCAUGGAUACUCAUCCUCCAACAAAGGAAGAGUCAAUGCCCAAUGAGAUUGGACAAUUCCAAAGCUUUACAGAAAAAAAUAUUUUUCAGUCCCGAAAAAUGUGGAUAGUGCUGUUUGGAUCUGCUUUGGCUCAUGGAUGUGUAGCUCUUAUCACUAGGCUUGUUUCUGAUCGUUCUAAAGUUCCAUCUUUAGAACUGAUUUUUAUCCGUUCUGUCUUACAGGUCUUAUCUGUGUUAGUUGUGUGUUACUAUCAGGAGGCUCCCUUUGGGCCCAGGGGAUACAGAUUACGACUUUUCUUUUAUGGCGUAUGCAAUGUUAUUUCUAUCACUUGUGCUUAUACAUCAUUUUCAAUCGUCCCCCCCAGCAAUGGGACCACUAUGUGGAGAGCCACAACCACAGUUUUUAGUGCCAUUUUGGCAUUUUUACUCGUAGAUGAGAAAAUGGCUUAUGUUGACAUGGCUACAGUUGUUUGUAGCAUCUUGGGUGUUUGUCUCGUCAUGAUCCCCAACAUUGUUGAUGAAGACAAUUCUUUGUUAAAUGCCUGGAAAGAAGCCUUUGGGUACACUAUGACUGUGAUGGCAGGACUGACUACUGCUCUUUCUAUGAUAGUGUACAGAUCCAUCAGGGAGAAGAUCAGCAUGUGGACUGCUCUGUUUACCUUUGGUUGGACUGGGACAAUCUGGGGAGUAUCAACUAUGUUUGUUCUUCAAGAACCCAUCAUCCCAUUAGAUGGAGAAACAUGGAGUUAUCUUAUUGCUAUAUGCAUUUGUUCUACUGUAGCAUUCUUAGGAGUUUAUUAUGCCUUGGACAAAUUCCAUCCAGCUUUGGUCAGCACAGUACAACAUCUGGAGAUUGUUGUAGCUAUGGUCUUGCAGCUUCUAGUAUUACACAUAUUUCCUAGUGUCUAUGAUGUCUUUGGAGGGGUAAUCAUUAUGAUUAGUGUAUUUGUCCUUGCUGGCUAUAAACUUUACUGGAGGAAUUUAAGAAGGCAGGAUUACCAGGAAAUAUUAGACUCUCCCAUUAAAUGAAUCCCUGGUAAUUAUUGUCUUGUUCAGUUAUUGAAUAUGUACACUGCCAUUUUUAUGUUUACCUAUAAAUGUCUUUGUGUUAUAUAAUUGACAGAGUGCUAUGUAAUAUAUAAUUAAUUUAUGCAGAUACAGAAAAUUUAUUCUAGUAUAAUAUAUUCAAAUACAAAUAUUAAAUAUGUGAAAUAUCUCAUCAAA